AUGGCGCUCGUGAAUACGGCAAUUGACGAGAUUGGCAUGACAAGCUUCCAGUGGAAACUCUUCUGGCUCAAUGGAUUUGGAUAUGCAGUUGACUCGCUUCUAGUUGUCUGCCAGUCUAUUGCGAAUCCAGCCGUCCAGCAGGAGUAUGGACUGCCAAGCGCUCACGUAUCUGGCAUCCCUCUGGCUUCACAGGUUGGCCUCCUGGUGGGAGCUGGCAUCUGGGGCUUCUCCGCCGACAUCAUUGGCAGGAAGCUUGCCUUCAACACAAGUCUCCUCUCUAGCGCCGUGUUUGUCCUUAUUGCGGGCGGUAUGCCAUCGUACAUCUCAUUCUCGGCCAUCGUGGCCAUCUACUCGGCCGGUGCUGGCGGCAACUACAUCCUCGAUGCAACAAACUUCCUCGAGUUCCUCCCCACCAGCUACGCAUGGCUCGUCACCUUCAUGGCCGUCUGGUGGGCCGUCGGAUACACCAUCACGGGCCUGCUUGCGUGGGCCUUUAUGAGCAACUUCAGCUGCGCGCCCGACGCGGCGGUAUGCACUCGAGCAGAUAACAUGGGCUGGCGAUACUUGCACUUCACUUGCGGCGCGCUUGUGCUGGUCGUGGCUUUUGCGCGUCUGGCGUUUGUGCGCAUGGUGCAGACGCCGCGGUGGCUGAUUGCGCAGAAUCGCGACGAGGAAGUCAUCAAGACGCUGAACGAUCUUUCUACCAGGGCAGGGAGAUGGCACAACUUGACUCUGGAGCGGUUGCAGGCAGAAGGCGUGGUUCUUCACACGGAGGAGUCCGUCUGGUCUACGCUCCGGCUCAAGAUGCACUUCAAGGGCCUCUUCCAGACGCGGAGGCUGGCCUGGUCCACCGCCGUCAUCCUGGCCAACUGGUUCGUCAUUGGAAUGGUCUCGCCGCUGUACAGUGUCUUUCUGCCGUUCUAUCUGCAAUCCCGGGGUGCCGUGGUCGGCGACGAUUCCAACUAUGCUACGUGGAGGGACUACGCCAUCAACCAAGUGGCCGGGCUUGUCGGCCCCGUGGUUGCAGCAGUGCUGAUUGAGACCAAGUUCUUUGGGCGCAGGGGCACUCUUGCGGUUGGUGCGCUGAUCACCAUGGUGCUGCAGUUUGGCUAUACGCAGAUUAAGACGCCGGCGCAGAAUCUUGGUGUUUCGGCUGCCAUUUCAGCGGCAUCGAACAUCUACUAUGGCACGAUAUAUGCGUAUACGCCGGAGAUUUUGCCGUCUGCGCAUCGUGCGACGGGCUAUGGUCUUUGUGUUGUGCUCAACAGGGUCGGCGGGAUUCUGGGCGUGUUGGUGGGCAGCUAUGCGAAUGUGGAAACGACAGCUCCCUUGUUUGUUUGCGCGGCCUUGUUUGGGCUGCUUGUCAUUCUAAGUUUAAUACUUCCCUUUGAGUCCAGAGGAAAGAGAAGCCAAUAA